AUGUCGGACCCAACUCCCUCCGCCGAUCAAACCGCUUCAGGCGACCUUAGACUUGCUCAAGAUGAGACUCAUCUAGUCCAAAACCCUCUGGGCAAACCCUCAUCGGAGGCUCCUAACUCUUCCUCCACUGUCGCCGAGUCCGCCACCGCUGCUGCCAGCACGGUUGCCAGUUCCGCCACCACUGCCGCUGCUGGUGUCAAGGACUCUGUUUUCUCCAUGUUCGGAGGCGGAGCAAAGAAGGAGAAGAAGGUCGAGGAAGAAGACGAUGAUGCCAAGAAUGAACCCAGCGGCAGUAGUAAGGCCAAGAGAGAAGAUGAUGAUGACAAGGCAGAUGAGGAAGAAGCUGACGUCGAAUUCGCACCUGUCGUACAUCUCACCGAGAAGGUCGAGACCAAGACCAAUGAAGAGGCAGAGGAACAAGUCUUCAAAAUGCGCGCCAAAUUAUUCAAGUUCGACCGUGAUUCACGAGAGUGGAAGGAGAGAGGCACUGGUGAUGUUCGUCUACUCAAGCACAAAGAAAAUGGUAAGACAAGAUUGGUCAUGCGACGAGACAAAACUCUCAAAGUCUGCGCCAACCACUAUGUUACUCCAGACAUGAAGCUCUCCCCCAACGUGGGCAGUGAUCGAAGCUGGGUGUGGAAUGUUGCAGCCGAUGUCAGUGAGGGCGAGCCAGAAGCUCAGACACUUGCCAUUCGUUUCGGCAACAGUGAAAAUGCCAAUCUGUUCAAAGAGGCUUUCAUCAAGGCGCAACAAGAGAACGAAGCGUUGUUUGGCAAAGCAUAA